AUGAACAACGAAGGAGAAGGUCGUGCUGCUCCAUUGAGCACUACACAUGUUGUCGUACAAGCAGGAGGUCAACUCUAUCUCAACUGCCACUUCUAUGACCGUCGACCUCCAGACGAGACAACUAUCGUACCAGCCGAGACACGACCUGAGGAGACGGUAGACCACCUUGAGAGAACUGUCGAGUCGCUUGCACCCGCUGUGCCAGAUUCCCAGAGGGCAACAGCUGCGCGAACGCUCGGUCAUGCCGUGGAGUAUGAGAUUACAGACAGGAUGCCGUUUGCCACGCGUGUUGCACAAAGCGCUCAUCCUCCAGUUCAGUCAGCGUCACCAGCGCCACCCUCUAAGAGUCGUCACCGACGUCGCAACAGGGACAAGCUUGCAGUCGAACCAGCUCAAGGGAAGGACACGACGAUGCUAGAUCUCGAGACUGCCGUGGCGACACUCUCCAUUCCUUGUACAGCUUCAGCUCAAGUCAUUCAGCCGAGCUUGAGUGCUGCUGAAGAAGAUGCACCUGUGCGCGAGAAGCCUGUCCGCCGCGUGCGUGUCAAGCCAGAACCUGAAGAGGCCACGCUUCUGCACGCGCCUCAAGCAAGACGCUCGGUGCGACAGCAAAUCAAACAAGAGCCGGGCAAUCCUCUUAUUCUCUGA